AUGGCCGAGGUUGCGGAUGGCGUCAGCACGCCAAAUGCCCAUUCUACAGCACAACCUGAUGUGCCGACCGCCGAGGGGGCGGGAAAUAAGUUCCAGAAUGCUAUUUCAGCCUGGAGAAACGUGGAUUUGACUACUCUGACGGCGGGCCUCGACAACACUGCAUCAGACAUCGUGACAUAUCAACGCGACUCUACGGUGCAGCGGAAGGAACUGGCACAAAAGACAAAAGACUUUCGAAAACUCGAUGACCCAAGCAAAUUGACCGAAAUCAAGGGCCUGCUGAAAGCCUAUCAAAAUUUCAUCGAUCUUCUGACAAAUCAUUCUAAAUCCGUCAACUCGGCCUUCCUACAGGCUUAUACGUCGAUAUCGGAAGCACCAGACCCGUACCCGCUACUGGAGGCAUCAGUCGACUCCAUGCUCCUAUCAGAGGAAACGCUCCCCAAACUUACCAAAGAGAAUAAGGAACUUCAAGAAAAUGUAUCCAAACUCACGUCUCAACUGGAAGAUUCCGAGCAUGAACUUCAGCAGGAGCGAGCUUCCCGGAAGGAAAUCGAAGACAAUCUCGACAGCCGGAUCAAGGACGUCGAAUCGUCUUGGAACGCCGUCAUGGAAGAGAAGAAGGAUAACUGGGAAGCGAAAGAGAAGAGCUUGGAAGAAAAGGUCGAGCACCAAGAGCGCCUCCUCAACGAGAUGCGAGCCAGCUACGAGGUCAACCAGCGACUUGGCAAGGUGGGCGAGGAUUCUGAAAGCCAUCACGCAAAGGCUACCAGCGCCGAACUUGAGAUGCUCCAUUCUGAUAUCGAGCGCACCAGCGCCAGGCUGGCCGAGGUUGAGGCUCGGAAUGAGCAACUACGGCUAGAGUUGGCCCAAGCUAAAUCUUCCAUCUCAAGUCAACCCGACAAGCGAUUAGAAGACGAUCCCGGGUACAUGCGUAUGAGAUCAGAGAAUUCUUCCCUGAUCCGAAAGUUGGACGCGUCGAGGAUGGAAAAGGAAAGCAUGAAGCGUGAUUUGGAUUCCCAAUUGCGUACAAUGGAGCGUGAAACGCUUCAUCUGAGGGAAGAAAAAGAGACACUCAAAUCCAAGGUUCAAAAGUGGAACGACUACGAGGACAUCAAGCAAGAAUUGGAGGUUCUCAAGAGUAUUGAAUUUUCCACCGGGGACGACGAUGAAGUGGGAGAGAAGUUUGAAGGCGGCGCAGACAAGGGCGAUUCGUUGGAGAAACUCCUUCUAUCACGCAACAAGAAACUGGGUGAUGAGCUGACAGUCCUUCGCGUAUCCCACAACGAUCUACAAACUCGACUCGAAGAUUUGCAGGAGGAACUCUCAAGAACAAACGCGGAGUUGGAGAAAUCACAAAACCUGAAUCAAAAACUUGAGGAAGAUCUAGAGAACAUGCAGGCUGAAGGAGCCAAUGCCUUCCCAUCCGGUGCAUCAGUCGCCGGCACAUAUGUGACUCGGGCGCAGACACGGAAGGGUAGGAUAUCGCCCACUUCGUCCAUCAUUAGCGGCCUAGACCCGAGGUCAACAGCAGGGGACCGGGAGCCGAUGGGAGGCGGGUCUGGAAUUUUGCCAAUGGUGACAGCGCAGAGAGAUCGGUUCAAGAAGAAGAACGGGGAACUUGAGCAAGAGCUCUCCGAGACUCACCGGACUGUACAGCAGCUACGACAAGAGGUGGCAGCUUUGCAGAAGGAUAACCUGAACUUGUAUGAAAAGACCAGAUACGUGUCUACAUACAACCGUGGGGGUGCAACAGCAACCUCAUCAUCGGCUUACUCUUCUAAUCCGAACCCGUCCACUGUUUCCAUCGGCGAAUCAGGCAAUCCCGGGAUGGCCAUGGACAGAUAUCGCAAAGCCUACGAGUCGAACAUUUCACCCUUUGCGGCAUUUCGUGGUCGGGAGUCAGCUCGGGCUUAUCGACGUAUGAGCCUGCCUGAGAGGGUGGUGUACUCGAUCACGCGCAUGGUGCUGGCGUCUCGUACAAGCAGGAAUCUCUUUGCUGCUUAUUGUGUUGCACUACAUGUACUCGUCUUUUUCUCCCUAUACUGGCUGGGCAGCGCAGACUUUGAGAAACACGCGACCAGCCUGGGCUCCUCUGCUGCCGCGGCUGGAGCUGCUGCAGCCGGGGCAGCUAAGGGUGCCGGCAGGACAAGUCACGGUGAUUGGAAGCAAGACGGCUUCAACAAUCAUUGA